UUCACCUUGCCUUCUCUUUCCAAGGUCUAGCCAACAUCACCAUGGCAUUCUGGAUCAGAUCUUUGCCUCUCCUGGCACUGAUUGCUGUUUUGGCUCCUAUUGCUAGUCAUGCUUUCCCCAGUCAGCAUCUGUGUGGCCCCCAACUAGUGGAGGCACUCCUCCUUAUCUGUGAAGACCGGGGCUUCUACUAUGACCCCAAAGAACGACGGAACAUUGAAGAAUCCCUAGCAAAUGGAGUGGGAGCACUGUCAUUCCAGCCACAGGACAUGAAGAAAAGAGGAAUUGUGGAGCAAUGUUGUGAAAACGUCUGCCCUCUCUAUGUGCUAGAGAGCUACUGCAACUAGAAGAGGAAACCUGCUGGGGAGGCAAGAAAAACACCUUGCAUUGUACCUUCCAA